AUGAGCGCCUCUACCGCAACACUGCCGCGGCGGCAAUCCAAGCUGCCCCUCGGUCUUCAACCGCAUCAUCUCACGUUCGCGCUCUACUUCACCUCGAUCGUCGUCAUCGGCACCACCUACAGCGUUCUCUACGGUACCCACUUGCAGAACGUACGCAUCUCCUCCGGUGCCACUGGCGACUUUCCAUCCACGCUGCCUGGUGCAGCGGUAGCCCCCGCUCCCGUGCAAAACACUGUCGAGGGGAGCCUCAAUCUCGGUCCCAUCCCGCCCACCAUCCUGCUCCCACCGCACCAUGCGCUCAACUACUGGGCGAACCGGAAGAACAUUGUCAACCAGCUCUUUGUCAAGAAGGCGUGGUUGUGGACGACCUUGGCUUGGGGGAUGCAGCUGUUCUUCCUGCGUCUCGCACCGCCUCGUGUAGACAAGAAGAAGGACGAAGACGCGGUGGCUACGGAGCAAGCGACGAUUACGAGUCCCGUUUCGAUCUCCGUCCUGCGCUACCUGGUCGCUACUUCGGCAUGGUUAUUGUUUGCCAACUGGUUCUUUGGUCCUCCAUUGUCGGAACGGAUUCUGACGGCCACCGGCGCGGUGUGUGUUCCCACCGGAACGGGUGGGGGAAAGGUGGAGGAGAUGUAUUGCCGAACACGCACACCGUUGGCCAGCGACCACCCCGCACUGCAUUCCUCCGGGCUCACAGCCAAGAAUGUAAGGGCGAUGUGGAAGGGCGGACACGACAUCUCGGGUCACACGUUCAUCAUGGUGCUCUCGUCGCUGUUGUUGUUGGAGGAUGUGGCGCCGUAUUUGGCCGCGCUGUUGGGGAGGUCGCUGUUUGGGAAAUCGACCGCUCAGGCAAGCAGGACGAGGUGGACAGGAACGGCGUACGCUGCAGUAGGCGUGACAUUGGGGUUGGUGGGCCUGUGGAGCUGGAUGCUCCUCAAUACAGCGAUCUACUUCCACACGCCGCAGGAGAAGGUGAGCGGGUUGGUGGUCGGCUUGGCCGCUUGGCUGGUGCUGCCCAAAGGAAACUAG